UAUGAGCACGCUGUCUCAGUCUCCUUUGAUGCCUUUGAUAACUGUGUCUCAAGAGAAACGUGGUAGUAUUUAUUAAAAUGCAAGUUCCACCGAUAUUUAUGGAAUUGCCUUUAGAGGACCAGGCUCAAGAGCUGAGAAUCUAUUUUAAAAGUUUAGGAGCUGAAAUAAGUGAAGAGAAGUCUCCGAAAGGUAUAGAAGAUGAUUUACAUAAAAUUAUUGGUGUUUGUGAAGCUUGUUUCAAAGAAGGGAAUGAAAGUGAAAUAGAAACGGUUUUAAAUGAUAUUGUAUCUAUCAUGAUAGUGAUUCCAACUGAAAGAGCUGAAAAUUUAAUACUAGCAUUCUGUGAAAAGUUAACAAAAGCUCCAGGCUAUAAACUUGGUUUAGUGUGCUUAAAAGCAUUAUGGUUGUUGUUUCAAUCUCUUCCUGAUGACUCUCCAAUGAAAUAUCACGUCUAUUAUCAUUUAGUACAGAUUGCUCGUAAUGUUGAUCAAGUAAAAGCAGUGUACGGUGGUAUAGAUCAAUUAAAACACCAGUUUGCAUCACUCCCACCAUCAAAUGAACAAAUGCAGAAGUUGCUUAGACUACUUCAUGAAGUUCUUCUAAGUUGUAAACAAGGGGAACAAGCUGCUGCAGUUAUGGUUGAACUCUUAGGGACGUACACAGCAGAGAACGCUUCUGCAGCUAGAGAAGAUGCACAACGUUGUAUAUUAGCUGCGUUAGCAGAUCCGAACACAUUCCUGCUUGAUCCACUGUUAGCAUUAAAACCAGUGAGGUUCUUGGAAGGAGAACUCAUCCAUGAUUUACUUCUCGUAUUCGUACAAGAUAAAUUGCCUGCCUAUUUGGAUUUUUAUCAACAUCACAAAGAAUUUGUAGAGCAUCAAUUAGGAUUAAACCAUGAACAGAAUAUGAAAAAGAUGAGGUUGUUGACAUUUAUGCAACUGGCAGAAACAAAUCCUGAAAUGUCUUUUGAUACAAUUCAAGAAGAAUUACAAAUUAAUGAAGAUGAAGUUGAAAGUUUUAUCAUUGAUGUAUUGAAAACGAAGCUUGUCAGGGCUCGCAUGGAUCAAGCAGGUCGCAAGGUUCUUAUAUCAAGUACCAUGCAUCGAACAUUCGGUAAACCACAGUGGAUGCAGCUACGCGAUUUGCUUGCAGCUUGGAAAGCAAACUUGACCGCUGUACAAGAGGGUAUGAAAUCCGUAGCUGCUGCGCAAAUGGAACUAGCUGCGAAAAAUAAAGCCGUGAUCAAUCAUUAAUGCAUACUGAAUUCGGAACCUAGACAUACGGUUCGAACAUGAAAUUAAUUAAUUUGAUACAUUAAUUGAUUUUCGAUUUUAUCCGAAUAAAUGCAUUAUAUAUUACAGAA